UUUGUUUUUGUGUGGGCUGAGUCUGAGAGACGGAAAUCCAAGCGGAAAUCUAUUGAAUAAUUUGAAAAUUGUUGACGACUGGCGACUGGUAAGACGAGUUUCACGGUUGAAGUUCUUCUGUGGGGCCGGAGGUGGAAGCACUUCCCCGCCAUGUCCGACGCGGGAUGUAUCACCACCACCACCACCACGUCCGAGUCGGCGCCGCACCGCACCGCCGACGACUCGACGGUGCCCACCGACCUGACGGUGUCCUCGGAGGGCGGCGGCCGGGAGCGCGGCUCGCCCUCGGCCGCCGCCGCCGCCACCGCCCACCGCGCCCGGCUCAUGCACGAGCUGCAGCUGCUGCGGGUGGAGCUGGCCGAGCUGACACACCAGCGACAGGUGGAGCGCAGGGAGCAGCAGAGUCGGGUGGACGAGCUCGAGGACCAGCUGGCCGAGGCACAACACCAGAGGAACAUGCUCCAGAUCAGGCAGACAGGCCAGCUGGGUCAGUACGAGGCCGAGGUCGUGUCGCUGCGUCAGCAGCUAGACCAGCUACUGGCCCGUCAGCGGCAGCUGGAGGAGGACAACAGCCGCCUGCAGGUGACGCCCGACCAGCUGAAGCGCUCGCUGCUCCACCUGACCAUCAACGAGGCGCGCUACCGAGAGCUCGCCGACAUGGACACGGAGGCAAUGUCCGUCAAAGACUUCGCUGCGCUGCGUCUCCACGAGGCCGUGGUGCCGCUCGAGUCCCGCUGCCGUCAGCUGGAGGCAGAGCGCGCGGAGCUGGCUGCCGAGCUCGAGUCGGCCCGUCCGCAGCUGGCAACGACGCGUGCGGAGCUGGCCGAGACGCGCCAGCAGGCGGAGCGCGCCCAGCAGGAGCAGCUGGCGGCGCUGCGACAGCUCUCCGAGGCACACCAGCGGCUGCGCGAGUCGGCGCUGCCGCGGGCCGUUCGUGACGAGCUGUCCGCGCGCCUGUCCCGCGCCGAGGCGGACCGGGAGGCGGCGCUGACGCGGCUGGCCGAGACCACUCAGAAGCUGGAGGCAGCUGGUGAGGCGGAGGCUCAGCUGAAGGUCGUUAGAGACAGGGUGGCGUCGCUGGAGUCUGAGCAGCUGGAGGCGGCCCGCCGACUGGCGGAGGCGGCCGCUCGCUGCACAGAGGCCGAGGAGGAGGCGGCUCGGCAGCGGGUGCGCGCCGAGCAGCUGGUGGAGGCCGAGCUGGCCGCGCGCCGCCAGUACGCGGCGCUGCGCGACUCGGCGCGCGCCCAGCACCAGCAGCAGGUUGCUGAGCUGCGCGCGCAGCUGCUGGCCGAGCGCGCCGCAGAGACGGCCGAGCUGCGCGCAGAGCACGCCCGCAGUCUGGAGCGGGAGCAGCAGGCGCGGGAGGCCGCCCAGCAGAGCGUCGAGAGGCUCGAGUCUGAGCUAUCCUCCGAGCGGGCCCGGCUGGCUGAGCUGUCUGCGCGUCUCCAGAUCGCCGAGUAUGAGACGGAGCGGUACGACGUGACUGCCACGGAGGCGGUGCGCGCGGCCGAGACGCUCAGGGAGGAGAACAAGACGCUCAGCGCACAGCUGCAGCAGCGGGACGCGGCGCUGCUGCAGCGGCAGACGGAGACGGACUCGGAGCGGAGCCGACUGGAACGGGAGCUGACCGAGUGCCGACAGCAGCUACAGGCCUACGAGGCAUUCGAGAAGAGCUGGGGCACGUUCAUCGCUCAGGCCGCGGAGGGCGGUGACGGCUGUGCGGAGCUGCUCGAGUCGGGUCCGCCGCUGCCUGCCGGCUGCCGGCGCCGGCUCCAGUACUCGCUGCAGCUGGGCCGCCGACUGGUCGACUCUGAGUCUGCAGCGGCCCGUCUGAGGGGCCAGCUGCGGCAGCAGACGGAGCGGGCCGAGCGACUGCAGCAGCAGAUGUCGCGUCUGCAGCCUCUGCUGGGCGGCGGCGGCGGCGGCGGCGGGGCGGGGGCUGCCGACCGCUGGCGCCAGUACGAGGACACCAUCGAGCGGCUGCAGGCCGACAGCCGGCAGCUGACGGAGCGGCUGCAGCUGCUGCGCCGCCAGCUGGCCACCGUGACCCGGCAGCGGGACCGGCUGGUCAAAGAUAUUGAUGUUUUGCUUCGUCAAGAGGAUGAUCUCAACGCCUUGAAACUGCUGGUGACUCCACUGCUCGAGUCUGACUCUGGGAGUCACGCAGAAGACUCCAACCAUACUACUCCCUAGUCGACUACAACGUAAAAAAAAAAACACUGCCAAGUGCUCAGUGUUUGUACUCGUUAUUAAGGUAAUAUUUAUGUAGCACUCGUAAGAAGUAGUUUUUUGUACUUUUUAAGUUAUAAUGUGAUGUUUGUGAUAUAUCUCAUGUUUCAUCUUUAUUUUGUCUCGCGGAUGCUGUAAAUCAAAGGCAUCCAUUUUCCACCCGUGUGUGGUAUGCUAGGCAUUGCCUCAUAACAUAUUCUUGUAUCACUCAUCGUUUUAUCAGGUUAGCUUGCUGCUGUCAUUCCUUCCGAAGUGUUUGCCCCUCCUUUUCCAUGACGGUAUUUUGUUCUCGCGAUAUUCCCCUUAACAUUUUCAGUCAUAUUUUUAUUUUAGUUUCGAUGCGUCUUUUCGGGGGGUCUCAUUUUUUGUCAGCCAGAUUCCUGUGAAAUAUCACAGUGCCAACUGCCAAGUACCUGUCCUUGGUAAACGACCGUUGAACUCCCAACCGAAUUUAGCUCUCUAGGUCGAGCGCUGUGCUGCUAUGUGUGGGCCCUUUGUAUGUAGAAUGGACAAGACCCCGGAACUGAAUCUUGCGACUCUCAGCCAGCCGAUGCCAAAGUAUUUUUGUGUCCGUGUGUUUUGUCACCUGCUUCCACAUGCGUGAUCCAAGUACAAAGAUUUGGUACGAAUAUAACGAAAUGUUUGUGGUCAAUACUGUUUUUCACUUAUUGUUUUGUAACAAUAUAAAAGCUGCGAAUAAAA